AUGGCUUCAAGUUACAAAUACCGUCAAGGAUCUGACUUCUGGUAUCUUACUGGUUUCGAAGAGCCUGAUUCUGCCGUUGUUCUAGAGAAGAAUGCGUCUUCUCGAGGAUAUAGGAUGACACUGUUCUCGAACGGGAAGGACUCUGCGAAAGAGAAAUGGGAUGGCCCGAGGACAGGCUUUGAUGAUGCUCUGAAUGUCUUUAAAGCGGACGACGCGCUAACAAUCAAGGCUUUUCCUGCUCAACUGCGAUCUAUGAUUAGCCUCUACUCUAAUAUUUAUAUUGACCUGCCCCAGUCUCCGCGCAAAAAUGCACGCUCCACCAAGUCAUUACUUCGGUAUCUUUCGCCUCCUGUCAAUCCUCGGUCAGAGUACGAGACUGUCGUGGAGUCGUUGUCAAAUUCCCGGCGGAAAUCCCUUGCUCCUCUCAUUGCCCAAUUAAGGGCAUUCAAGAGUGUCUGUGAGCAGCAGGUUAUGAGAAUGGCCGCUGACAUUAGCGGUCGCUCCCAUGCAAAGACAAUGCGCUUUACACGACCCGGUAUCUCAGAGAGUGCACUAGCAGCUCAUUUUGAAUACUUGUGUAGUCUAUCAGGCUCACAGCGCCUUGCAUAUGUCCCUGUUGUUGCAUCUGGGCCAAAUGCACUCAUCAUACACUAUACGUCGAACAAUCAAGUUGUACAAGAUGGUGAGAUGAUUUUGAUGGACGCUGGGUGUGAAUAUAACGGUUACGCGUCUGACAUCACUCGCACGUAUCCAGCGAAUGGUUCCUUUACACCUCCGCAAAAGGAGCUAUAUAGUGCAGUGCUGUCUGCGCAGAAGGCUCUUGUGGGGUUGUGCACGGAGGCACAGGGAUUGAGUCUUCAUGACUUGCAUCGAAAAUCUUGCGAUCUCCUCAGACAGGAACUGAAACAGAUAGGGUUUACUCUCCAUACAGGAGAUCUGGAGAGAGUACUUUACCCUCAUUUCCUCAGUCAUCCAAUUGGGAUUGACUUGCAUGAAUCAUCAUAUUCAGACAGAGGAGAGCUGUACGUAACUCUCGUAGUUUUGUCUUCCUUAGAUCUAGAGUUCACCUUCCAUGCAAGAUUGAAAGCCGGGAUGGUCAUUACUGUAGAGCCAGGAAUAUAUGUCCCGCCUACCGCUCAGUUCCCAAAGCACUUCCAUAACAUUGGCAUUCGGAUAGAGGACGAAGUCCUUAUUGGCGAGAAACACCCCGUGGUUCUCAGCGUUAGUGCACCAAAGGAGAUUGCGGAUAUAGAGGGUGCGUGUCAGGGACUACUGGGACUGGAGCCAAUUUGA